AUGUCCAACCCCUGCACCCCCCCCUCCGCCACCCGCGCCGCGCCCUCGAACCCACCGCCAAUCCUCCCGCCAACCCCGCGCCGCGCGGCGGUAGCCCUCGACAAGGCCCUCAACUACCAGGUCUGCAUCCUCUCCGGCACUGCGAACCGCCCUCUCGCGAGCGAGAUCGCCUCGCACCUGGGCCUGCCGCUGGCCGCGGCCACCGUCUCCGCCUUCUCGGAUGGGGAGACGCGCGUGGCCAUCGACGACUCCGUGCGCGGCAAGGACGUCUUCAUCGUCCAGCCGACGGCCCCGCCGGUCAACGACCACGUCAUGCAGCUGCUGCUCCUCGCGGACGCCCUCUCGCGCGCCUCGGCCAAGCGCAUCACCGCCGUCGUCCCUUACUACGGCUACGCGCGCCAGGACCGCAAACGCCACCCGCGCGUCCCCAUCUCGGCCCGCCUGCUCGCCAACCUCAUCCAGGCCGCCGGCGUCCACCGCGUCCUCGCCUUCGAGCUCCACGCAGGUCAGAUCCAGGGCUUCUUCAACCUCCCCGUCGACCACAUCUUCGCCAUGCCCAUCCUGCUGCAGUACUUCCAGGACCAUCCCGCGCCCCCGCGCGACGCCCGCCUGGUGGUAGUCUCGCCGGACGCGGGCGCUGUUGAGCGCGCACGGAGGCUCGCCAGCGCCCUGGACGCCGCCCUGGCCAUCAUUUACAAGCGCCGAUCCGCCCCGAAUGUCGCCCACGUCCUGUGCAUCAUCGGCGACGUGCGAGACGCGCACUGCCUCAUCGUGGAUGACAUGGUCGACACGGCGGGCACGCUAUGCAAUGCUGCGGAGACCCUCAAGGAGAACGGCGCAAGGUCCGUCAGGGCGUGCUGCGUGCACGCGAUCCUGUCUGGGCCGGCCGUCGAGAGGAUUGCAGCAUCAUGCAUUGAGGAGCUGGUCGUUACCAACUCGAUCGAGAUCAAGGAGGAAACUAAGGCCGCGCUGCCCCGUAUUACCCAGCUAUCGUGUGGGAAGCUUAUUGCGGAGACUAUUCGGAGAAUACACCGCGAGGAGUCGGUUUCUACCAUGUUUACGUCAGAGUAGGUGGAGCCUUAAAGAUAUGUAGCGUGAAACUAACUUGGUUGUGUACAUAAUAUAGCUGUUUACUUUGAGGGCUGACAAUUCCCGUUGUGACGUGACAAUAUUCCGCGACGGCGCAGCGUUUUCCGGCGCGUCAUAUGUGGAGCGCGCCGAAAGAAAGAUCAGUCAAGAGCCUGCAACAGAAGUUCUGGGGGCAGAGCACGAGGGCGUGCUUAUAAUGUCCGUUGUGAAAGGUGAGCUUUAGCGCUAAGAAUUAUCGGUUGGAGAACAAAUCCAUUCUGGUAGCCUGGCUGCCUUCGUCUAUCUGGCAUUUCCAAACUGUACCCAAACCGUGUGCUGUCUGUGUGAAGAGUAAAUCAACUACGAGGCGGCUACAAAAAAAAAAA